UAUGAAAUAAUGGUCCAUUAAUUACUGAUGUGUUUUUACCACAAUCCCCAUUUUUUGUUGACAAAAGGGGAGAGAGGAGAUUCUGUAUUGAAUUUUAGUGGGUGUUUUUGUCCCUUAACAUUGAAUUCCAGCUGUGUAGUUUGUGCUUGUAGUUAGAUCUCUUGUGACAAGAACCCAUUAUGCCAAUUAACUCCAAGUUCAUAUGCAAGAUCUACUCUUAAUGCUUGUUCUUACCUACCAUGUGAAUCUUUGUUGCAGAACAAGUGUUGUCCUAAAACUUUGGAUAAAUUAUGGCAACAUCUGUAGCUCCAACCACGAUAGUGCAUGAGGUUCUCAGAAAGGAUAACUAUGCAAAUUGGAAAGUCUGCAUACAAAAUUAUCUACUAUCUCAAGAUCUAUGGGACAUUGUGGAAGACACCAAUGAACCUCCUAAGCCCGAAGACAAUGAAGAGGGUUAUAGGAGUUGGAGAAAGAAGAAUGCUGCAGCUUUACAUGCAAUUCAGAUCUCAUGCAGUCUGGAUAUAGUUUCACAAAUAAGGGAAAUUAACUCAGCUAAACUUGCGUGGGAUGCCUUAGCCAAUCUGAUUCAAGCACAAGCAAUGGGAGGAAAUCCACCCAGUGGAGUUCAUCCAGGAGCUGAGAACAGUUCAUUCCAACAAUUUGUGCCUCUACACAAGGCUAUAAAUAAAGGUGAUUGGAAUUCUGUGAAAGCCUUCCUUGAGGGUCACCCAAACGCAAAAAAUGCAAGAAUUUCAGCCAACGGCAUGACGGGUCUUCAUGUUGCAACUAUUGCUGGACAUGUGAAGAUUGCGGAGGAAUUAAUGAGGAUCAUGACUGUACAAGAUUUGGAAAUACAAGAUGUAUUUGGUGUCACCGUUCUUUGUGUUGCUGCUUAUAAUGGUAUGACAAAGAUCGCCCAGAGUAUGGUCAAGAAAAAUCACAACUUGGUUGGCAUUGCAAAUGGUGAUGGAUAUAUUCCAGUUGUAGCAGCAUGUGCUAGAGGCCAUAAAGAUAUGACUCAUUAUCUUUAUUCUGUCACUCCACUUGAAUUGCUAUUCCUAGAAAAUGGCGCUCAUGGAAUAGAUCUCCUUAAUUACACUAUUAUCUGCAAAAUGUUUGACAUUGCUUUGGAUCUGGUCCAGCGUUGCCCACGUUUGGCUACUGCUACAAGACGCCCCUCGCACAGUGCUGUAGUCACUUUAUCUCAUAUGUCCUCUGUAUUUUUCAGUAGCAGUCGUCUUUCAUUCUGGCAAAAAUGGAUUUACUUCUGUAUGCAGGUUCAACUACCUACUACAUCUAGUGUUCAUGUAUACAUUCGUCAAAACAGCCUAAGAGUCACAGAAAAGGAGGCUAGCAUUAGAAGUCGUGUGGUGAGUCUACUUCGAGGACUGGUUUCGAACUUUUUUGAAUUCUUCGGAAUCAAACAAGUGUAUGAUAUGAAGUUGAACCAUGUCCUUGCCCAUGAACUUGUACGCUGCAUUUGUCGAGAAAUGUCUUCAUUGGAUGGCAGAGAGAUCAUAGAUAGAGGAGUUUAUGCUGCAAUUUUCGAAUCUGUAAGGAAUGGGAUAACUGAGUUAGUUGUUGAGAUAGUUAGAGCUCAUCCUGAUCUCAUAUGGAGUAGGGCUAAGAAUUCAAGAGAUAUAUUUCAGUCCGCGGUAGAAUUUCGUCAAGAAAAGAUUUUUAGCCUUAUAUAUGGCCUUGAUGCAAGGAAGGUUCCACUAAUCACAAGCGUGGAUAGCCUCCACAAUAAUAUAUUACAUAUGGCGGGUCUGCUGGCACCUUCCUCUCAGCUCGCCCGCAUCUCAGGCGCAGCCCUACAGAUGCAAAGAGAAUUGUUAUGGUUUAAGGAGGUGGAGACCAUUGUGAGUCCAAUGUCCAAAGAAAUGACAAACCAAGAUGGAGAGACACCUUAUCAAGUGUUCACUAGAAACCACAAGGACUUGUUGAUUGAGGGGGAGAAAUGGAUGAAGGAUACUGCUACUUCUUCUACGGUUGUCGGUGCUCUUAUCAUUACCAUCAUGUUUGCGGCUGCAUUUACUGUCCCUGGUGGUAACAAUCAGGAUACAGGAUUCCCCAUCUUCCUUCACAACAAAUUUUUCAGGGUUUUUAUAAUAUCCGAUGCAAUUGCUCUCUUUGCUUCCUCAACGUCAGUGUUAAUGUUUCUCGGCAUACUCACAUCGCGCUAUGCAGAAGAAGAUUUCUUCAUUUCUUUGCCCAGGAAGUUGAUUAUCGGUCUUUCCACCCUCUUCUUAUCAAUUGCAGCCAUGGUAGUGGCCUUUUGUGCAUCUCUUUUUAUUAUGUUUGACAACCAAUUGCAGAUUGUGGUUCCAAUCACAUUGCUUGCUUGUGUUCCUGUUACCUUGUUUAUAUUGUUACAAUUCCCUCUCCUUGUUGAAAUUUUCAUUUCGACCUAUGGAUCGGGUAUCUUCGAUAGGAAAAUGAAACGUUGGUAUUGAACAUUUUAUGUUGAAAUGAAUUGCAAUUCCUCUCCCC